UUCAGUCUGUGCGCAAAAAGUGAACUUCGCGUGAAGAAAACUGGACCCCGUUACCGGUUAGAAGCAGAGAAGCAACUGACAUCCCAGCAAAAUGUCGUUAGCCCAAAUGUGUCUUGCGUUUGCUUUGAUCGGCGGUUUGACACCGUUGGCAGACGCAUUCCUUCGGCGAUAUCGUUGUCCAGACCGGUGCAACCCACACCCGGAUAGACCUGUGAACCGGUGCCUCUACUUCUGCUUAAACCUCAUUCCCUAUGGGCAUUACUAUGACGGAACGGAGUGCUACCAAAUGGGACUGGAACAGAGCAGUCACUCGAGUGGCGGUUCCCUGAAAGUUGGAAAGGGUCGCCACACUAAGGCGUCUUCGCCACGCCCUUCAAUUAGUUCCGACUCCGAUGUCCCGUAUGUCUCAUCAACAGUCAACAACCCGAUCGGAGAGUCCCCCAAACUCGGCAGCAAGAGCCCGGCGCAUCUCUUGCGAAACUCACCGCGGCCUUCGCCUAAACCGCGUCCUCACUCAUAUGCGGGCACUUCAGGUCACAGCAUCGUGGUCGUCAAGGAAGGAAGCGUGGAUGUACAGACUCCAGAGAACGACGAGGACCUCAUCAAGUUGCAGUCCAUACCACAGUUCUGGCCCAUCCUCAAAGGCAGCCUUCACAGCCCCGUCAUAUGCGACAGUGAUGUAGGAGAGAGGCUGGAUCACCGCGCUGUGAACCGGUUGGCCUCCCGUUACCAGGAGCACCUGAGGCAGUGCGCCGAAGUGGUCAGCACCGAGCAGAAUGCACUGGCAGCAAGAAUUCGGGAGACUGACUAUGCGGUGUCCACGCUCAGCACAAUGAUGACAGAGCGACAAAAAAAGUUUGGAAAGUAUGUGGAGCAGCUGCUCAAGGUGCACGAACUGUCAAGCCUCCUUCAUACAACAGAGAGCAUGUUGUCAAAAACGAUAGAGCAGUUGGACGAACUCAACCGGAUGCUGCCUCCAGAGGAACAGCUGGAGCCUUUCAUCAUGGUUACCGGCUGAGUGUUAGUGCUGUGGAACAUUUGUGAUGUUUUGGCUUUAAAUCACUACACCAGGCAACAUGGCACUACGCAGUUUGGAUUAGUGGUAUGGCAAACUACUUUCGAUAGAGUCUUAACUGGUAAAUAAAAUCAUAUUUAACUGA